AUGAGGUCCCUGUUGAAGCUGGUUGUGUUUCUGUUCUGUGUCCAGACGGCAGACAGCCACUGGCUGAGGUCACUGCUCGAUCAGAGAGGAGAAACAGCAUCUCCAAGUUCUCCGGACGAAGAGGCAGCUGAGGACCACAAAGAGGGCUCUGGAGCUGGGUCAGUGUCCGGCCCUGGCGUCCCCGUUCCAGUCUUGAUCCGAUCCCGCCGUUCGUCCCCAGACUCCCACUGUGGCCUGCGCUCCGUCCUGCUGCAGGUUCGAGACCUGGGGCUGGGCUACGACUCAGACGAGACUGUCCUCUUCAAGUACUGCAGUGGGACGUGUCCCCGCGUCCGCUCCAACCACGACCUCACCCUCACCAACCUGCUGGUCAACGGGGUGCUGCCCCACCCGCCACUCGGGGAGCUGUGGCACAACGCGCCCUGCUGCAGGCCCACCCACCACGAGGACCUGGCUUUCCUUGACAAUUCGUAUCGCUGGCACAAAGUGGAGAAGCUGCUAGCCGCCGGCUGCAGCUGCGUGGGCUAG